GGCCCCGCCGGUUGUCACAGCGACGGGCACGGCGCCGCCAUGUCGGACCUGGGCUCCGAGGAGGGCUCCGAGGCCGGGGAGGCCGCGGGAGGCAUCGGGGAGUACGAAGGCGGUCGCAAUUCCGAAGGGCAGCGGCACGGGUUUGGGAAGGCACAGCUGCCCAAUGCUGACACCUACGAAGGGGAAUACGAGUGUGGUUUGAGGAAUGGACAUGGGACCUACAGGUUUAAAAACGGUGCCAUCUACACCGGGGACUACCUUCAAAACAAAAAGCAUGGCAAAGGUGUAUUUUUUUAUCCAGAUGGAUCAAAAUAUGCAGGAGACUGGGUGCAUGACCAGAGACAGGGCUAUGGAGAAUAUCUGUAUGCAAAUGGUGACACCUAUACUGGAGAAUGGGCUAACAACAAGAGGCAUGGGCAAGGCACCUAUGUCUAUAAAGACACAGGAUCCAAGUAUGUUGGCUGCUGGGUAAAUGGAAUCCAGGAUGGACCAGCUGAACUUAUCCACCUAAACCACAGAUUUAAGGGCAGGUUUCUCAAUGGAAAGCCUUUAGGUCGUGGCAAAUUCAUCUUUGAUAUUGGAUGUGAGCAGCAUGGUGAAUACAUACAACCAGUGCAGGAAAAAGAGGAGGAAGAAGAUGAGGAACCACCAUUACCUCUUGAACCAAUAUGGAAAGUAUCAGAAAUUACCAAAUUAACACCCUGGUCUCCCCAUGAUGAGGAGCUACUAGACCCCAGAGAAGCAGCAGGUGCAUCAGGUACAGCAGUCACUGAUGAGGCUGUGAGUCACCCAACCAGCGAUGCAGGAGGGGAAGGUGAGGGAAGAGAGGAAGAAGUAAACCAAGAUCAGGAGGAUCAAGAAAUUACUGAUUUUGGAGGAUAAACCAGAGGAAACAGGAAUUGGGUACAACUAAAGAAAAAUACCCAAAAAAUUGAAAUUUUGAAGUAGAUGAUUUAGUGUGGUAAGCCUGCAGUAUUUUUAUUUGUAAAAGGGUGUGUUAAGAUGUUUUAAAUAAACAUUUCAGUUAGUGUUCUGUCU